GAGUCGGCUGCGGCGUCUCGCCCGGUCGCAGCCGUGAGGGAGGCGGUCGCGCAUGCUCCGCGGGAAGGAUGUCUGUCUGCAGCCGCUGCCGGUGCAAAUCAUUUCCCCUCGUCGUCUGCUCUCGUUACGCUCAGUAAGGAAAUGGAGGCCUGAAGCGGGACCGCCGGCAGGCUACGGCCUGGCUCCUGAGCAGAGACACUUCAAGCAGUGUCUCCACUGACCCUUGACACACAGGCCUGUGCAGCCAUCAGGGAGUGUGGAACCCAAAAGGUGGAGUGCAGUGGCUCACGCUCUGCCGAGGACCGUAGUCCCUGGAGGUCGGGGGUGUUGCCUGCUGCCGGUGCAGAAGGGCAGGAGCCCACUCACUGGGAGCACUCAGCCUUGUAGUCAGCAUGCUCCCCACCACUCAGCAGCUCAACAUGAGCCCAGGGAUACAGAGGUUGGAAACUUUGGACGAGGGCCAUUUCGUAUGCGUGAAGUGGGAGGAUGGAAGUGAGAGCAGCUACCCCUGCGUCUGGCUGAGGGACAACUGCCAGUGUCCCCUCUGCUUUCUGCCCUCUGCCGGAGCACGCAGGCUGCUCUUUGAGGAUCUGGAUGUGAACAUCGUGGUGAAGAAGGUUGUUCUGGCAGAUAGAAAAAAGAUCUCAAUUACAUGGCCUGAUGAACACACUAGUGAAUAUGAAGCUGAAUGGUUGAAAAAACGAUGCUUCUCUGAAGAAGCCAGAGCUGUAAUGCGAGCAGAUUUAUUUUUACCAGAAUGCCAGUACUGGGGCUCGGACCUUCAACUUCCCAAAAUACCUUUUGAAGAAAUCAUGUGCAAUGAUGAAAGUGCAUACAAGUGGUUGUGCACCCUAAAGAAAGUAGGAAUUGUUCUACUGACAGGAGCUGCUGCAAGGCAAGGAGAAUUGAUUAGGCUUGGCCACAGGAUUGGGUUCCUGCGUCUCACAUUUUAUGGACCAACUUGGCAAGUGCAAGACAAAGCAGAUGCUAACAAUGUAGCUUAUACAACUGGGAGACUCUGUUUUCACACUGAUUAUCCCGUUCUGCAGCAUCCACCUGGGGUUCAAUUUCUUCAUUGUAUAAAACAAACAGCUGCAGGAGGUGAAAGUGAAGUUGUAGAUGGAUUUCAUGUAUCCAACAAGCUGAAGAAACAGAAUCCUGAGGCAUAUCAGAUCCUGUCCUCUACUGCUGUAGACUACAUUGAUGUUGGGGUGGAUUACUGUGAUUUUGCUGUGCACUGUAAACAAAGGAUUAUAGACACGGAUUCCAGAGGCCAAACAAUUCGCAUCAAUUAUAAUAAUGCAACAAGAGACACAGUGUUUGAUAUACCAGUAGAAAAAGUGAGGCCAUUUUAUGCAGCUCUAAAGGAAUUUAAUGAUUUAUUAAACAGUGCAGAACACAAGUUUGCUUACAAACUGAAACCAGGAGACAUAGUGACAUUUGACAACUGGCGUGUGCUUCACGGUCGUCAAAGUUAUCCAUCAUGUUCAGAAGUGACACGUCACCUGGAAGGUGCUUAUGCAGACUGGGAUGUUGUCAUGUCAAGGCUCCGGCUCCUUAGGAAAAGGGUCCUAAAUAAGGAUUGAGCUUUCUUCUAACUAGAAUGAGCAAAACGCAGAUUAUCUAACCUCAAUGACAACAGCAAUAUUAAAAUAAUUAGUCUUCCUUUCAAAAACUGACAUCACUUUUGACAAGGGCUUGUUGUCGAACCAGGGUAAUGGCUUUAAACUGACAGAGGGUAGGUUUUGAGUAGAUAUUAGGAUGACAUUCUUUACGUGAGGGCGCUGAGGCACUGCAACAGGUUGCUCAGAGAAGCUAUGGCUCUCAAGGGCAGGUUCAAUGAGGCUUGUGGCAAACUGGGAUAGUGAAACUCAGUGAAAACAGCCAGCUGUGGAGUGCUUAACACAGAACAACUUCUGAAAUAUCUGGGGAGAUUCCGUUGGAAAACCGUGGAUUUAACCAGCCUUCCUAAAGAAGAGGGAGUUAACAAUUGCAUUGUAUCCCUCUCCUCUCCUCUCCUCUCCUCUCCUCUCCUCUCCUCUCCUCUCCUCUCCUCUCCUCUCCUCUCCUCUCCUCUCCUCUCCUCUCCUCUCCCAAGGGCUAGCUCUACAUGCCUGUUUGUUUUUCUCAUUAACAAAUCAGAGUAUAAUGGCUGUUAGAAAAAGAUGAAAUACAAAGGUCUGCUGUCCAAUAGGUUGGUGGUUUGUCUGCCUGCAAGGCAACUAAUUCAUACAGCAUUUACAUCUUGCAAAAUUAACACUUUUUGCUUUCAGUCUGCAGAUAUAAACAAUGCCAGGAAAUUCUAGCAGAUGACUGGCAAAGACUUGUCUUGUUGGAUCUCAUUAGUAAGGUCUGCAAAAUCAGUGCAAAUGAGUCAUAUGAAGAGCCUGUCAUAUUUUCAGUAUUCAAUCCCAUGAUUUUCCACUAAAACCUGUGAGGAGACAGACUGAUGAGGCCUCCAGAGCUCAGUCAGAAAUGAUUCCUGGCUCUUCUCCAAAUUCCCUGUGUGACCUUGUCUAAGUGAGUUUCUUCUGUCCUGCCUCAGCCCUCUGUCUAGCUGUAAACAUACCUCAAGUCUCUCUUGGCAAAACAAAAAUACUGCACUUAGGUAGGAUUAAUCAGCAACAUGAAUUCAAAAUAGGGAGUGAUUAGUCAAGCUUAGGCCAUUGUUUUUUAUAAUAGUUCUUGGAGGUUGUAAUGGAUCUCCAGCUGAGCAUGAAUAAACUCUGUAAUUUGUUAUAAAGAAAGCACCUCACUGGAACAUCAACAGGAGUGGUGCCUACAGGCACCCCACAGUCCUUCACCUGCUGGGGGUAUCCCAGGUGAAGGGAUAGCUAGAGAACAGCAUUCCACUUUGGGUGCAUGUCAGGGAAGGCAAACCACGAGGAAGACUUUUGGAAAAGGUGAGAGGGAUACCAGAACGGCAGAGACAAAGAAGAGCCUGAAUUAGUUGCUGUCAUCUAGCCAGAAAGAAAAAUGAGACAGAGGAAAGCAGGGCUAAAGUAAGUGUUCAAGGCUGCUGCAAGAUGGAGCAAUCUCUUCCAAUAUUUGUGGUGGCUAGGGAAAGAAACAAAGAGCUUCGAUUGCAAUAAGAGAAAUUUAUAUUGCAUGUGGAUUUAUAUUAAACGUGAAAGAAGUUCUCUGUCAGGAUGUGGAGAAAACACUAGGUUAAAUCAUCCUGAAAAGUUGGGAAGCCCAUCCGUGGGGGCCUUAAAGAAAGAGUUGGACAGACAUCUUCCAGGAAUAAAAUGGGAAUAAUUAAUAUUGCCAUGGGGCAGCACAAUAAACUUGAUCUGUUGAAAUCCAUUCAGCCUGUGCUUCUGUGAUAAUAUCUGAGCAGAUGCUGUGGGUUUAUACAGCACCUUGCCCAAAAGAGCCCUUUUCUUUCUUCCUGAGAGACAGGCAUUAGUACUUAUAACUGGUUUUAUGAUCAAUGUGUUUCAAGACACACAGCUUAAUGCCACACACACACUACCCAAACUGUAACUUAAAUUUCAAUAAGAUACCUGUUCUGUUUCUCUAUUGAACUAGUCAGUUAAGAGCAACUGUCUAUUUUCCAAUGCUACAUUCACAAAAUCAAUUCACACAGCUUGCACUGAUAGUGGGAAGAUUACUACU